AUUUUUCAUUCACGUUCUCGCCGUUCUGUCAAACGCUCGUUUGCGUAGCGGAAAUCAGCGAAUUUGUUUGUGUGUGAUUCGAUCAUUGAUUUCUUGUUUUUGUUUAUAAACGCGGUGUCGAAAUGGAAAUAUUACACCAAUACUGUACGUCCAUCCGCUAAAUUAUAAUUAUAUGUAAUAGCAAAACAAUAUUGUGUAAUCCGACCGGUGGUAAUCGAAUAAUCGUAUGAGAAUUAGAUCGUUGGCAAGGUCAAGAAAAGUCUUUGAGAACUGCGUGUACCGAUGCUUGCAGAAACUGUCUUUUAUUGAUAUUGUUUUGUGAUAGUGCCUGUGUAGUGACAAUGGGUUCCACGGGGCUGACGUUGGCGGAUUUGCCGAACAUUUUCAUCAUGAUAGGCGCGCUGGUUGCGCUGUUUGUGAUGUUGAUAAUACUGCUCAGAAACAUGGAGGUGAUCGGAAUAGUAGGCGAAGGUCGUGAGGAUGCGUGGGGCCGAGCCAUGCACCCACCGAGGCUGCUGAUGCAGAGGGUUCACAUCCCCUUCACAUUCAAGCUGAAGGAAAACGAGCCAUUGGGUUAUUCAGGAGUGAGCUGCGUCGUGUCCUCAACAGUCCGGUAUUGGCACGCGUGCUGGUGGGGGGCGCCUGUGAAGGGCCUGCACCGGACGCUGUGGCGCCCCCUGCCGGACAUCCUCGCUUCCACACAGCUCAGUUUCACUGCAAGCAAUCCUCAUGACGAGAAGGAGAUGAGGCUAUCCACAGACGAGCCCUUACAACUGGGCGCUCCCCCACGGAACUGCUACCCCCUGGUGGUGAUCCUGGCGAGAGACCAGAGGGACACGGCUGAACUGAGGCCGGAUGAAACGGUGGCGCUGGUGACGGUGGUCCACAUCAAAGACGAGCAGUGCCCUUUACCGAGCGGCAUUCUAGCGCAGUAUCUCAAACAGGCCAAUGGGAAUCUGACAUGUCUCAAGCAACUGUACGUGACGGGCGAGGCGGAGGAGGAGUACGGCGUGCGCGCGCCGCUGGCGCUGUGCUGCGUGUGCGCCGCGCGGCCGCUGUCGCGCGCGCUGCUGCCGUGUCGGCACGCGUGUCUCUGCGCCGGCUGCUUGUACAAGCUGGACAAGUGCCCGAUAUGCCGCAGCCCGAUCACCAGCUACUUCUGCAUCCGCAACGACGACGAGAUGGAGCUCAAGCCGCAGACUGUCUUCAACCGGAGGCUCUUCAACCUGUUCCACUACCAUUAGUGCUCACACGGCUAAAGGAAAGUCACGGCGGCGCAAAAAUUAUUGUGUGAUUUUGAAAGCCGCAAGCAAUGUAUUUGACAUUCUACCGACUUCUAUAUAAUAUGUUAUGUGGAAUGUUCGUUUGUGAUUUAACUUAGUUGAAAAUUUGUGGUUAAUGUACGAAAAUAUUGACUGUAGCAGUGUUAUUAUUUUUUAAUUGAGAAAAGAAAACAAGGUAUGUUAAUCUAGUUAAGUGUGGGUGCAAAAUAUGGAACUGUGAUAAAAUUGAGAAGCUUUGUGAAUUUGCUACAAUGUAAAUAGUAGGAUUUAGUUUUUAAUUAAAAAAAAAAUUAACGUCAGUAAAGUAUCAUCAGUUUUUAAAGCACUUGAAGAUUUUUUUUCUUUCGACCCGCUGAUUUUCGUCCCACAUAGACAUGUUCACGAAGUAAGCAUAUAGUUAGGGACGAGUCUGGAUUUUUUUGUAUAGGACAAACAUCUGUGGGUCGAACGGAGAAUGUAUCUUAAACUCGAGAAAUACAAAGUGUCACUGAAUUUACGUGUGAGAAAAUACUAUUGUUUGUAUUGUAUACGGCAAAACAAUAUUUGUUUACUUCUAGUCAAAGUGCUUGAACUUGAUUGCUCGAUUUUACUUUACUACCUAACGUUGAUGAGUUGUGGUUAUGACCUGAGUUGAGGUUAGCAAGAGUUUUUGCGAAAAUUUAUAACAUAUCGCCAAUGUUAACAUUUAUAUGGGAAAUUAAAAGUUUUACUUACAUAUUCGCAGAAACUCAUGCUAACUCUUCAGAUUCGCCCUCGUCCGUGACACAGAAAAUUAAUGUACAGAGUCUAAGCCACUUAUUGCUUAUAUAAAAGGAACACUAAUUUUCACGAAAAAGUUAAUAUUAUUAUGUUAAAAAUCUUUAUGUUUAUACUGUGUUAAGUAUAUUUUCUGAAUUUUGGUUAUUGAUGAAUAAAUUGUAAAAAUCCGUUGUAUUUCCCGAAGCGCAUUUGGACAAAACUUGAACUCUGAAUAACUAUUUAAUAUAUGUAUUUGUUAUAAAAAUAUAGUAUUGUUGAGUUGGUAUCCCAUAACACAUUAAACUUACUUUGGGGCUAGCUCAAACUGUGUGAUUUGUCCUAAUAUAAUAAUAUAUUCCCUCCCAUUUGUACUGUGGUGGUCCGCGGACAUUUAAAUAUUAUUAUGGCUAAUUUAUUACUUAAACGUGGACAUAAUUUUCCUAGGUAGGUCAACACAGUGCGCAUACUAUAACACCGUACAAUACUAUACCACAUCUGCAUUGUAGACAGAGAAAAAUGUAGACAUCGUAAUUUUUCGCUCAUACAUGAUAUAUACCUAUUAGAAAUACGCGUGACAGAGUACUAAUAUGUGUUGUUCCUUUCGUAUGAGAAAUGCCGGAAAAUUGUAUGUUAAUCUACUAUCUAUACCCGAUUUUAGUUCUGUCUUUCCCCUGAGGGACCUCCUUUGCGACGGAAAUAGUGACUAAAUUGCAAUAAAUUUGACUACAUUUGCUUGUUGACUGUACAUACAUUUAGAGUACGCGAGUUUUCGACGAAUUUAUUUAUUCCUUUGUGCACAUAGUCCUUAGUUUAGUUUCCAUGCGGUCAAAUACUCAAAAGCAUAUUCAAAACUUCUACACGUAAUAUAUCCUUUCAACUAUCGCUGGAAGAGAUCCCUUCGUAGGACAAGUCCGCUAUUGUCUUACCUUCUUGUUGUGUAUGUAGUUUUAACAUGUGUUUGUACAGAAAUAUAUUACAAACUAAUUAUGACCUACAUAAUUUAAAUCUUAUCGAGACACAAGGUUCAAUCCUAAUCCUAACUAAUAUUAUAAAUGCGAAAGUAAGUUUGUUGAAAUUUUACAUAAAUGUAAUUUAUAGUAUGGAGAAGGACCGUACUUUUCAUCCCGGAAAAAUAACUGGUCCCGUGGAAAAUUCACGCGGGCGAAGCCGUGGGCAACAGCUGGUAAUAGAUAAAAUUACGAUUUAAUGCUUUUGAAUAUCUGACCUUAUAGUAUGAUAAUUGUGUAGACAUUUUGUAAACCUAUUUUGAUUGUGAUUAUUCAGAUUGAAAAACCCCAUAAUUAUAUAACCAUUCAUUUCGCUCAAACAAGACGACUUGACGACAUGACGACCUCGAUGGCGCAGUGGUUAAGUGCUUGCCUCUGAACCGAGAGGUCCCGGGUUCGAUCCCCGGUCGGGUUCAUGAUGGAAAAUUAUCUUUUUCUGAUUGGCCCGGGUCUUGGAUGUUUAUCUAUAUAUGUGUUUGUUAUAAAAUAUAGUAUCGAUGAGUUAGUAUCCCAUAACACAAGUCUCGUACUUACUUUGGGGCUAGCUCAAUCUGUGUGAUUUGUCAAAUGAAUUAUUAUUAUUACAAGGAAGAAAAAUGCAUAAUAGAAAUACACAAGAAACGAGACAGAUCGCUAAUAUAUUUUGUGAUUUCCAACGAAUUGGCCGCUUUGUAUGGAAUAGGAAUUUGGCAACGACAGUUUUAUUUAGUCCUUGAUCUAAUAAAAUAUAUGUUUAACAGGUGCGCUUUAGCUUAAACUGCCAGUCUGUAAAUUAUAUUGCAUGUGGGUAAUGUUCGUUUGAAAUAGUUUUGCAAAAUGUAUGUGUUAUUUAAAUGUAAUGUGCCCUAAGACAUAGUCUUCCAUACGAUAGAAAAGACACGGAUCUCACGACGCACCCGUUUGCAGCUUAUACAUCAUUGUAAACUAAAUAAAGAGUUCUAGAAAACGUUA